GCCAUGGCGUCGCCCUUCAGCGGCGUGCUGCAGCUCAGCGACCUGGACGACUUCCUGGCGCCCUCGCAGGAAUGUAUCAAACCCGUCAAAGUUGAAAAAAAACCCGGAAAAGCAGCAGCUAAGAUCAGAAUUGAGACAGAUGGGAGCUACUUUCAGAUCAAUCAGGAUGGAGAAGCACAAAAACUGGAAAAGGCCAAAAUUACGCUGAAUGACUGUCUAGCUUGUAGUGGCUGCAUUACAUCAGCAGAGAGUGUUUUAAUCACACAACAGAGCCAUGAAGAGCUGUACAAAAUGCUAACUUUUAACAAGACUGCAGCUCCCACUGAACAGAAGUUGGUGGUGGUAUCUGUUUCCCCACAGUCCAGAGCUUCCCUAGCUGCAAAAUGUAAAAUGAACAUUCUGGAAACAGCAAAGAAGUUGACCUCAUUCUUGAAGAGUUUAGGUGUGCACUAUGUGUUUGAUACAACCUUCUCAAGAAACUUCAGCCUGCUGGAGAGCCAACGAGAGUUUGUAAAACGCUUUCAAAAACAGUCUGAAGACAAAAAGGCUUUGCCCAUGCUAGCUUCUGCCUGCCCAGGUUGGAUCUGCUAUGCGGAGAAAACCCAUGGCAGUUUCAUCAUUCCUUAUAUCAGCACCGCCAAGUCUCCACAGCAGGUCAUGGGCUCCUUGAUCAAAGGCCAUUUUGCAGAGCAGCAGCACUUAACACCUGACCAGAUAUACCACGUAACAGUAAUGCCCUGUUAUGACAAAAAGCUAGAGGCUUCAAGGCCAGACUUCUUCAGCCAAGAGUACCAAGCUCGAGAUGUGGACUGUGUAAUCACUACAGGAGAAGUGCUAAGGUUGUUGGAACAAGAAGGAAUAUCUUUACCAGAUGUAGAUCCUGCUCCUUUGGAUACCAUGUUUAGCUGCAUUCGGGAAGAGGAGCUCACUAGCCAUUCGGGAGGUGGUUCUGGUGGGUAUUUGGAGCACAUAUACAAGUACGCAGCAAAGGAACUCUUUGGAAUUCAAGUGGAUACAAUUCAGUACAAACCUUUAAAAAACAAGGACUUCCAGGAGGUGACGCUGGAGAAGGAUGGAGUGGUCCUGCUCCAGUUUGCUUUGGCGUAUGGAUUUCGAAACAUACAAAACUUAGUGCAAAAGUUGAAACGAGGAAAAUCCCCUUACCACUACGUUGAAGUCAUGGCUUGCCCGUCAGGCUGUCUGAAUGGAGGCGGCCAGAUCAGAGUGGAAGGCGAAGCCAGCAAGGACUGGCUCCAGCAGGUUGAGAAGCUCUACGAGUCUCUCAGGACUGAAGCUCCAGAGGAGAAUCAGCGAGUGGAUGAGCUGUACGAGCAGUGGCUGGGCGGCCCGGGCUCGGCACGGGCUCUGAGAGCUUUGCACACGCAGUACCAUGCAGUGGAGAAAACGAGCACUGGGUUUAAUAUCAAAUGGUGAAGAAUGACCCCGGCAGCAAAUCUGUGAAAAUUCCCUACAGAGAUACUCGGUGCCUUUUAAAAUCUGUUGUAUUUAAGAAAUCUGUUGUAUUUAAGAUUCUCAAAAGACAGUGGAAGUUGUGUCAUCCCUGGGAAACUGCAGUCUGUGACUAGCAUUAGUGAUGAGAAGGUAUUGUGCACACAAGCAGGUGAUGUUAAUUCCUGCAGCUUUAUAGUUACUGAAAUGAAGAGAAUAAAAAGCACUGACUUAAAAUACCUAUUAAAAGAAGCGGGAAUGCUUCCCACUGUGCAGACACUCUGUGAACCAACCCUGCCCUCCCCAUCCAGCCUCCCCAUCUUCUAUCAGAACUGCUGAAUUUUAGGCACUGAAGGAUUUGCCUUGCAGGAGACUGACUGCACUGAGAUGAGCGUUGUGCUGCAUGAGAGGAUUGCUAGUCCAGCCCUUGCUGUAUUUUCACAGCACUCAGUAUUAUGUAUAAGUAUGGUUGUCUCUUUUUUGGACAUCCUCAUUUAAUUAGAAAUGGUCUAAUUAGACCUUGAGAUCUUUUUUUUCGUACUUACCAAAGUGUGACCUGACUGAAUGUUCAAGAACAAAAAUCCAAAAUUUUUAAAAUUAUAAUAAUCAUCUAUAACUAUUGGCAAAUAUAAAUCUCUCCCUCUCUGAAUACAUAGUACAGAGUCACAGAACUGGCACAUCUACCCCUGCCUCACCAGUAGUUUACUGGUGAAUAAUAUCCCUAAAUUCAGAGAAAGCAAUUUUUACAGCAUGUCAAGUAAAGAUUCAUUACCAUUUUUUCCAGGACGAACCAUGCCUGAUGUCUCUGAAAGCUGUUACUUUACAGAGGUUAACAGAGUAAGAGGGCGGUGAGAUUUAAUCAUUGCAAAAAAAAAAUAUUUUGUGAGAACAAUCAAAGGGGUUAGUGAAAAUAGUCUGGUUUAGCGCUGUCUACCAAGAAGCCUUGCCCAGAGCCUGCUGAACGUGAAACAGGUGGAUU